AUGGAAAAAUUCCGGGUUUGGAGAUUCUGAUGCCACCGUCGCAUACAGCGUUGAGCGGCGAUCUGCAUCUUCAAGUUAAAUCCUCGUCCUUUCCGCCUCUGCUGCUGCAGUUGUCGAGAGUUGAGGGCGAUGCGACGCAGACACUCGCCACGUUUCCCGUUCUGCCGGAGGCCCGAAAUCUGGCCUUGAACUCGACCCUCGUCCGAAUUCCGUGCGGGUACUUCUCCAAGGGCGGCGAAUACUACGUCCUAUUAAAGAAGCAGAGUUCGAGGAGCAACGGCACCGAUGAAGACGCCGACGAGGUAAUAACCAGAGGUCUGGAUGUACGAUGGCCGAUGCCGCAGCUAUCUCUGACCCCGGAACACGUCCAGACGUAUCCGGAGAGUCCGGUGAUGGCCAUCCUCGAAUUCCCGGAGGUCGUUUGUCCUCCGGUUGCGGAUAGUCCUGCCUCCGCCAUCCCCGAGUUCUGGUUGGAGCUGCACUACUGCGGACAUUCGUUGUUAACCUGCGAAGACGAUGAUCCUAAGAACAAGACAAACGUCCAGGUGCUGUAUUCUGAGCAGGUGCGCGGUUUUCCAGGCCGCAGGGUUCUGACCCUGCGAUGCGAACUCUUCGGUCUUGCAGGACACUACUCCCUCGUCCUGAGGCCCACCGCCCCCACGCCGACCCUACCACACACCGCCGCCUACGUCAAGGCUGAUUGGAGUGAGCAAUUCGUGUUCAACGUCCACGCACGGAGCAUAUUCCCAUGCGAGACUCACGAAGGUAUCUCAGUCCUUUUCCAAUAUCCUUCCUGCAUCCUGGCAUCCGGAGAUCGCGUUCGUCUCUUCGCCAGGCUUCGCGCCAACGUCGCCUCUUUGGCUCCUCCGACUACCUUAGAAUACGUGGCGGAGCAGCGCGUCAGCAGAGGUCAGCACAGCUUGCACUUUGAUUGCGACCUCUUCAGCGAACGCUACGUGGAGUACUGCUUCGUUUACGUGAGCCAAGCCAUAACUGGAGCAGUAGCAGACGUCCGCAUGGAUUGCGUUCCGACGCUUCCAGUCACAGAGUCUGAGAGUGGCGGAUGGGGCGCUUGGAGUGAAUGGACUCAGUGCUCCAGCACCUGCAUAGGUGGCACCAGGAACAGGUACCGAUUCUGCGAUUCGCCGCCCCCGCGAUACGGCGCCAAGUUCUGCGAGGGAGCUGCGGUGGAGACGGAAAAGUGCGGCGUCGGGCUGGGCAACCAAUGGGAAUGUUUCUACGCCAGCGGAAUGUCCGGGUCGGAAGUGGCGAUGGCAGAAAUGCCGGAAGUACAGGCGGAAGUCGGUCCCUAUUGCAGAUGCGGUUGCGUCGUCCACUUGGGUCAGGCGAAACCGAAAAGGCUUCUAGCCACAUCAUCACAGAGCUGCCCUGGAAGAACAUUCUGGCUGAUACAAGCCGACGAAGAAUACAUCAUAGAAUUUAGAGUGGAGCAAUUCCAUUUACCAUGCGGCACCCAAUGGUUGAAGAUCCGAGAUGGUAGUUCACUCUCCGCAACUCUCCUAGCAGAUUUAACCGGAGAUCCGGAAAGUACACCGGCCGUCGUAAACUCUACUUGUUCAAGUCUGCUUUUGGAAUUUUACUCUGAUGAGAUAUCAACUAGUAAUCAGUUUUGUGGCGGAGGAUUUUUAGCGCACGCCACGCAACUCAGAAAGGAUAGGAAUCUAACUGCUAUUCCAAUAGCGCAAGGCGUUGGAGUGAUUCCUUUGGCUUCUUUGAAGUUAACCUCGGUGCAUAUAGCCGCUAUAUUUUUCCUCAGCGGUCUCAUCAUAGCUACAGCUUUGCUAGGUGCCCAGUACAUGCUCAGAUACAGGAAGUAUCAGAUAGCCCAAGCCGAUGAUCAAGAUUCUUUAGCAGAUCCGACCGCUUCUUGCGCUAGUUUGCCUUUGACGAUGCGAGCUUCCUCGAACGCUACCUUGCUUUCAGAGGUGAUCUCUUUAACCAGAUUGAGACCUCACAUUAGAUCGAGGAAUAAACACACCUUACUACGGGAAUCCAUGGAUUGCGAAGAGACCGAAGUUACUUUGGCGCAAGAGGAAGAGACAUUGAGCAUUAGCAGUUCGAGCACUAUAACACCUCAAGAUACAACGGUUACCGGUCUUCCGCAGAGUCUGAGCGAGUAUUCGCAUUCUCAGUGUGAGGAACAAACCGGUACUUUGAAGAGAUCCUCUACGGUGAUCAGCGAAAAGGACACGUCCACAGAGAAAGAACUUGACGGUGAAGAUCGGAAGCCUUUUUUGCGCCGUUUCAGUCACGUCAGUAGUUCAACCUCAAUAUUGAGCAAUGUGAGCGCAUGCGACGAUCAGCGACGUUCCAAAAGCGAUCCGGCUUGCUAUAGUCCUGCUGCGAGCAUGAUCAGCACUGCAACAAUCCGCAGCACCAAUCCCAAAGAGAGUAAAGAGAAGAAGAACAGGGAGAAACUUCUCGCUGGACCAGGAUCGGAUUUCUCUUUGGCGGGACCAGGCGUCGAUCUGGAAUUGGAUUAUUACGAUUACAACGUUGUCAACGCCGGAGCUGCGCCUGGAUCGUAUUUAGGAAUGGAUCCUGCGUUCUUAGUUUGGAUCCCACCACUAGAUGAAUCCGGUGAGAUCAUCCCCGAAGAUCCGGAGAAUAUACUUCCCAAAUUGCAAGCGGAUCCGGGCAGCAAUAAAGAAUCCCCCGAAGAAGAGAUCAAAAAGAUGUCUCCGAAGAAAUCCAAGAAACUACAUCCCCUUGUUAUAAUAGAAAACAAGUCGGGGUCCAGCGAAAGCGUCAAAUUCAUGUACGAACGCAUCUCACCGAACGAAAACGUCAACAACAAAGUGGUUUCCAUACAGCUUCAGGAAUUCAGCAAACUGAAGCUCGGAUCUCCUGUUAGAGUGCACAAGGAGAAAGAGACUAAAGUUGAGAAGCUUUCAUCCCCGGAUUUGGACAGCAACAUCAAGUUUGCAGAUGACGACGAUGUGGAAGAGACGAACCAGUGCAAUAAUGAAUUAGCAUAUCAAGAUUCGAAUAUUUUAAACGCUUGAAUUUCAAUUUAAGUUCGCAAAUCAAAAACAAGAAAGAAGAAGAAAUAUAUAUAUAUUUAAAAGGGAAGGAUUAAUUGAAGACUGUAUACAUUUAGUUGAAGCUUCGCAUACUAAAACGAAGUUUGGUUGUUUACUUUUUUUUGUGUUCAAUGAUUGAGAUAGACUGAUGGAAGGAGAUUUGGUGCGAAGAUUUGUUAAGUUUAAAUAAAUGUUUCUUAUGAUUUAACAGAUUUCGCUAAUGAUGAUGAUGAUGAUGAUGGCUAUUCAAAAUACACGACGCAAACUACUUUGGGAAUAAUUAUAAAGGACCAGUAAAACGGAAAGAAAAGACGUUUCUUUUUUAAAGAAUAAAAUUUAAAAAAAAUAAAAUAUAUGCAGGAAUACACAGAUUAAAUGAAUAUAUUAUAUUAUAUGUAUAUUAUAGGAUUAUAUAGACUGAAAGGAUGUUCGUUCGAUCGAUGUGAGCUUAAAUUCUGUUGGACAUUGUUUAGUUGUUUAGCUAAUUGAAGUUGGAUAUUAUAGUUUGUGGAGUGGAGCAAAAAAAAUAAUGAAAGAGAGUGUGUGUACACAGUUUUAUGAUUAUUAUUACGUUCGUAAACCGCGAAGGCAUUUUUUUUUAUAUAGUAUAUAUCUACAUAUAGAGAAACGUAGGCUACAUUAUGUUUUCUACAUCCUGUUAUAUUCUUCAUUUCAUUAAUCAAAUUACAAACUUUGGUUUUCUUUGCAUUUGCGAAUUUUUCUACUGUGAAUUUUUGUACUUAAAUCUAGUCAUUAACUUAGUUGUAUGUCUCUUGUCUGUAUAUUUAUUGAUCAUUUUUUUUUCUGUUUGUUUUCUAUUUAAACUUAUUUAUUUGUACAAAAGGAAUACAAUUGUAAAGAGAAGCCUGCAGUUGUGGGAGAAUCGGGAAAAUCUUAUAAGUAAUCAUGUAAUAUUUUCAAAAUAAAAUUAAAUAAUGGUACACUGA